UGAUAAAGUUUUAUUAUGUCAAAUUCAUUUCAUUGAAAUAUUUACUCAUCGAUUAAUUAUAAGUUUAUAACGUUUACAAAGUGGUUCUGUUUUUCGGUGAGUAUCCGUUUGUCCUUUUUUUCGAGACAGAGCAUCAUGACCAAAAAAGCAGUAUUUGUUGUGAGAAAUGAUUUUCCGUCUAUCAUGUACGAUUUACUAAAACAAACCUUUGAAGUUUCCAGUUGGAAUUUUGCGGAAGGUGCACUAUCUAGAAGUCAACUCAUUGAGAAUGUGAAAGGAAAAUUCGGUAUCAUUUGCUACCCUCCCUACGUUAUCGAUAAAGAAGUUAUCGAUGCUGCAGGAAGCGAUUUGAAAGUAGUUUCAACUGUGUCAGUGGGUUAUGAACAUUUGGAUUUGAAAGAAUUAAAAUCUCGAGGAAUUAAAGUUGGUUACACUCCGGAUGUUCUGACAGAAGCAGUUGCAGAACACGCCGUCGGUCUCUUACUUGCUACCAGUAGACGUAUUGUUGAAGGACAACAUUUAAUGUUGAAAGGUGAAUGGAAUUCGAAAACAUGGACUCCUACAUGGAUGUGUGGAUACGGGUUGAAUCGUUCUACAAUUGGAAUCGUUGGAUGUGGUCGUAUUGGGCUGUCUGUCAUAAAAAAGCUAAAAGCAUUCAACCCUUGUCAUAUUUAUUAUUCCAGCCGCACCGAGAAACCUAAAGUUAAUGAAUUGGGCGCAGUAUUGAAGCCAAUUGAUUUCAUUAUGAAGGAAAGUGAUUUCAUUAUUGUUUCACUUUCACUGAGCGUUGAAACCAAGGAAAUCAUCAGUAAAGAAAGAAUAAACAGCAUGAAGAAAAAUGCAAUCAUAGUAAAUAUCGGUCGAGGAGGUUUAAUAGAUGAGAAUGCUUUGAUAGAAGCACUAGAAAAUAAGAGAAUUGGAGGUGCCGGUCUUGAUGUGUUUCUUAAAGAACCUCUGCCAGCGGAUAGUCCAUUGCUGAAGCUCGAUAACGUUGUGGCCAAUCCGCAUAUAGCAAGUGCCUCUUACGAAUGUCGAACAGCUAUGGCCGAGCUUGCUGCGUUGAAUGUUAUUGCAGUUUUCAAUGACCAAAGAAUGCCAGCCGAGCUGUGAUUAAAUACGCAGAAUUUUAAUUCCGUACUUCGUCAUUGUUACCAUUUUAAUUAAUUAAUUUUCCUUGUGACUCGCUGAUUGAAAUUAGGAUCGAUUAGCAACGAAACUGUUGUUAUAAAAAGAAAACAGAUCCUCACCUGCCUGAUUAAUUUACAGGCCUAUAUUCAUCUUUAUUUCCUUCAUUUCUUAUGUGAUAAUUUAUCUGUGUACUGGCUACUGUCACAUUUUGUACUUUUACCAAUAUUGUAUUUUGUAUGGGUAAUUUUUAAAUAUUAAAUAUUGUUGAAAUUGAA